AUGCCUGUUCCAACCUACGAAAUCCGAGCUGGCGAUGUUAGGAACAAGAAGCAGAGCGUUGCCGAUCUCAAGUAUCGGCGGUUGACAGAGCUUAAUUCUCGUCUGAGGGAGGAUUUGGAUCGUCCGCGCGUCAAGGUGUCUGAGGCAGCACUCUCGUUGAUUAAUUAUUGUAACAACACCCGUGACUUUAUGGUGCCGUCGGUAUGGGGUCAGGUCGACAAGCGUGACGAUCCCUAUGCUCCUCAGCAGCAGGGAGGCUGCUGCACCGUUAUGUAA